GCGACUGGCAAGGUAGAGGUUAGUGAGGCGGACCAGUAGUAAGGUUGUUGGUUCAAUCUUCAGGCAGGCGUCAGGUAGGGUGAUGAAGGUGGUAAUUGAACUGGCAAUCGGAGGUCUGCUGGUGUCUGCUCCCAGGGAUGGAAAGUGAUGGAGAAGUGAUCAUCUGCCCCGUGCAGAACUGUAGCCACUGUGAGACGGGCGAGUGUCAUGAGAACGAGGAGGGGACAAUGUGUUACUGUGACGAGGACCUCGAACUUGCCCCCGACGGUGUCUCUUGUGUCAAUGCAUCAACAGAGGUGUCUCCGCUGCCACCCCAGCCCUCCCUGUCCCAUCUGGCCCUGGGUCUGUCUGUGGGGACCUCAGCCCUGAUCGCUGCCCUGCUGCUAGCUGUGUCUGGAGUCAUGAUCAUGUACAGACGGAAGCACAUAGAGCUACAGUCCAUUCAGCUGGAGCUCCAGAGCCCAGACUGUAAACUGAGCAAGCUGAGGGCCUCCACCAUCAUGACCGACUACAACCCCAACUACUGCUUCGCUGGGAAGACCGCCUCUGUCAACGACCUGAAGGAGGUGCCCCGACGCAACAUCUCCCUCACCAGGGGACUGGGACAUGGUGCCUUCGGUGAGGUGUAUGAAGGGAUGGCAGUGGGGAUACCUGGAGAGUCCAAUCCCAUGCAAGUAGCAGUUAAGACACUCCCUGAGGUGUGCUCUGAGCAGGAUGAGCUCGACUUUCUCAUGGAGGCUCUCAUUAUCAGUAAAUUCAGCCACCAGAACAUAGUGCGGUGUAUAGGGGUUAGUCUUCAGGCCCUGCCACGCUUCAUCCUACUGGAAUUGAUGGCUGGAGGAGACCUCAAGAGUUUCCUGAGAGAGACGCGGCCCAGACUGGAGCACCCCUCUAGUCUCUCCAUGGUGGACCUGCUCAACGUGGCCAGAGAUAUCGCACAGGGAUGCCAAUACCUGGAGGAGAACCAGUUUAUACACCGGGACAUUGCAGCUCGGAACUGCCUGCUGACCACCAAAGGACAGGGGAGAGUGGCCAAGAUAGGGGACUUUGGAAUGGCCAGGGACAUUUACAGGGCGAGCUACUACAGAAAGGGUGGGCGCGCCAUGCUGCCUGUGAAGUGGAUGCCUCCCGAAGCUUUCAUGGAGGGGAUAUUCACAUCCAAAACAGACACGUGGUCCUUUGGUGUUUUGCUAUGGGAGAUCUUCUCUCUGGGCUAUAUGCCCUAUCCCAGUCGCAGUAACCAGGAAGUGUUGGAGUUUGUCACCAGCGGGGGAAGGAUGGACCCUCCCAAAAACUGCCCAGGGCCUGUAUACCGAAUAAUGACACAGAGUUGGCAGCAUCAACCGGAGGACAGGCCCAACUUCUCCACCAUCUUGGAGAGGAUUGACUACUGCUUACAGGACCCCGAUGUGGUGACUGUUACAUUGCCUGUGGAAUAUGGGCCCCUCCCCGAAGCGGAGGAGCGGGUGCCCAUGCGCCCUGAGGAUCUCACGGCCUCUCCCCUGCAGGUGUCCACUCAGAUGCCCGACGGGGAGGGCCCUGCACCGCCACCCUCUGCCCCUGACUCCAACGAGGAGAAACGAAGAGUCAAGCAGCCCCUCCUCCUUUCCAGCCAACCCCCCGAAACUGUCAAGCCCCAGAUGAUGGCGCAACAACCCCAGUUCUACCCCCACCCUCAGACAUUCACCACAACCACCAUCACAGCCACCUCCUUCAUCUCCACCUUCAAGGCGCCUCCCCCCAUCUCCACCCAGCAGCCCAACCCAGAGGGGGGCCACAUUAAUCUGGCCUUCACCCAGGGCUACCCUAAGGAUAAGGAUGGUCACAAUGGGAAGCCCACCAACCUGUGGAACCCUACCUAUGGCUCCUGGUUCCUCCAGCAGCAGCAGAGGAAGCAGCAGCAGCAAAGGCAGGGAGACAUGGGCAGUGGAGGUGGGGGGCUUGGAGGUGGGAGGGUUCCGGGCGAGGGGCAGGAGUACCAGGGGCGGACUGUGGCCGAGGCUGCGGGGGCCCUGGGUCUCCAGCAACAGCAGCACAAGCAGCAGCAGUUCCAGCCACCGUAUCCCUUCCAUCCACAGCAGCAACAGCAUCAACAACAGCAGAUGCAGCUCCUGCACCACCAACAUCAGCAGCAACAGCAGGGGCUCUGCAAGCCCCUCUUGCCCCCUCCGCCCCCACCCCAGGCCACCUUCUCGGAUAUCACUGCCCCUACCCCGCUCCUGUUAGAUUCUGCCACCCUCCCCCCAGUCCCCCUCUUCAGACUUCGCCACUUCCCCUGCGGGAACAUCGGCUACGGCUACCAGGAGCAAGGGUUGCCCCUGGAGGCGACCCACCACCACACUAACCCUGUCAACCCCCAUACUCCCCCCGUCUCCUCCUCCCCCGCCACCCGUGGCCCUCCAGAGAGGAGUGGAGGGGACCCAGCUGUCGCUGAGCUGCUCGACGACGGCCAAAGCCGAGGACAGCCGUCCGCUGCUGGUCACCAUGGGGACGGUGCAGGACCCCAGGCUGCCCCGGAUGGAGGGCCACAAUGCCACGGUGCUUUAGCCCAACCUCCAUCUUUAUUUUUGUCUCUCACCUCAGAGACCAUGUGUAUAGGCAGACAGGCGUACAACCAGACUAGAUGGUACACAGUGCAACAUUGUGUCAGGACAGUACCCGCCGCCUUACGACACCCCCCCCCCUCCCGUCUCGACGCCUUGGUUUCAUCCACAGAUCGGAUUGACCCAUUUUUACCUGGCCAAUGGUUGCGGAGUUAAAUAAAAAAUAAAAUAAAAAAAAAGUUAAAUAACCUCUAAAAUGGUUGCGGAAAUACCAAUGGGUGUUAAAGUAACUGCCCAGUGUUUCCAGAUUUCUAUAAAAUUUGACUUAUAAUUACUUACAAUAUGAGAGAAAUAGGUUUCCUUCCAAAAAUGGUUAAAUGAGUAUGUUAAAAAGUAACUUUUCUGUGUUGGAAUGGUGUGCGCGUACCCCAACAACAGAAUGGUGUGGACUUAUACCAGUCAUAAACAAUAUUCAGGUUAGUAGCCCACUGAUUGGCCAGCUCAUCCUCCUCCUUUUGAAGAGAGUUUUGAAGUGCCCCCCCCAAUUCAUGCUUUGGCCACAAAUACAAGUAUCGGACGAGUCAACAACAUUAACAGAAUAUAAAAGUUAGAUUUUCACUGGGCAGUUACUUUAAAGCACAUUGUAGAGCUUCAAAGACCAUUGGCUAGAAAAACAGGAACGAUGGACAUUUUGCAACACCUGCUAAAAUGUAGCCACGAAGGGAGUGAUACACUAUCCGAAGAGAGCGGGCUGAAUGAGUUGUCAGCUAUUGUAACAGGACAGGGUGAAAUGUUUCCAUCUGGUUGAACAAGUUAAUUUAUCCGCAAUGUUUUCACGAGUCGACCGCUUAUAUUCGUGGCUCUGUAGAUGUCAAUGCAGCCUUUCAUCACAAGUCAUUCGGGCAACAAACAGUUUGUGUUUCACAAUCAAAAACAUGUAGAACAUGGUAACUGAGAACAAUACACAUCUGCCAGAUGUGUAACUGACUGUAGCAUUAAUUAACUUAUUUGGCCGUCAAAUCAUUGCAGUUCAUCCAUUUCCUUUGGGAUUUCUGGCCUUGGCAGUUGAUUCACAAUAUCAGAAAUUAUAUUUUACAAGAAUAUUGUGAGAAUCGUACACUGGAUUCCGGAGAAGAUGAAAGUGUUUGUUGAUGUUUGCCUGCCUUCUCAUUUAUUUAUUAUUUUGGGAACUCUGUAUAUUAUUAAAUGGACCCACUUCUUAUACCCAACCAUAGCCAAAAUCAUUUGUCAUUGGUUAGCUAUUUGGCAUUUUUUUAGAAGCAGGAAUUUUUGUCCAAUGUCGAAUUAAAUUGACCAAUGAAUGGUAUUUCAGAUAGUUGGAAACUAAAUGUACUCAUCUAGUUGAAUGUUGCUAUGGUAUGAGGGUGGGAGUGAACGGGAAUUGUUGGGGGGGUGUAAUGGUGCCAUAAGCACUGCAUGUGGGUGGCUAUUUUUGAACUUUAAGGUGCGUGAGUAAGGGGCAUUCAUCUGUGUGUGCAUAUGCUUGUGUGUUUGAGAGAGAGGAAGAGAUGGAGGGAGAAGGGGGAGAAAGAAAGAGAGAUAAAGAAUGUUAUUCGAGGCACAAUACUAUGGGGCUUUAUACCGUUUAUUCAGGCAAGUUUACCUUCCAUUUCUCAUUGGAGAUUUUUGAUAUGUAUAUAUUAUGGCCCUCUUAUGGAAAGACAGAAAUUAGUGUUCCAUCAACUUCCAUGGACACAUAGUUGGAGAUUAAUUUAAUUUGAAUGUGUGUUUUCAAAAUAGGAAAUGUUGGCAUUUUUGCCGGGGGGGCUUUUUUCAACAACCUUUUCUUGAUUCAUAACUUUUUUCUUUGCCUUACCCAGCAACUAUAUUUAACAUUGCUGAAUAGGUCUUUACCCCUAAACUGCUAUUUUAAAGUACUCAAUGUUAAUACAUUUGCAUAAUUUAUCUUUUCUAUUUUAAGAAAGACUACUGUAGAAUAUAAAGUAUUCUGAGUGAAAGGUUUGAAUACAAAUUGCUUGUGGUCCACUUGUGAAAAAUCUAUGGCUAAUAUUUUGUGAGGAUCAACCAUGUCUACAUUUACAUUCAAAUGUGCAUAGCCUCAACACUGUCAAUGCAGUCUGCUUUUAUACAUUCAAAAAUAUUGUGAUUAUGAAUUCAUUUUAAUGUACAGUGCGAAUCAACUUUCAUGUACUUAAGUCUCAAAUGGACAUGUGUGCUAGUCUAUGCUAAGCUAAGAUGAAGUUGAUUUGAGUGUAUCCAGGAAGUGCCAAUGUGUCAGUUGUUUGCCUGGCUAUGUUGUUAAUCCUUUACUUGAACACUCUUUCAUAAAGCUUUUACAAGCCGUUGUAGUGAAAACAUUUGAUAACAAGGUUUAUGCUUAUGAUAGAGGGUUCAAGUAACAUGUUGCACUUUUGCUCAUCUCCAGUGGUUGUGUUCACAUAAUUUUCUGUUUCUUUGCAGCCACUCAUCUGAACUCCGUUGCUCCUUGUAAAAACCAACUGAAUUGCAUCUGUAACAUGUUGUAAUUAUGAUGUAUUGUACUAUGACUGGUAACCUCUGUAUGUUGCCCUUCAGAUGACAUCUGCCAAAAUGAAUAAAUUACUAUAUAAUGAC